GAUAAACAAAUUGAAAACAAUCAAUUAAAUUUAAAGAAAAAAACCCAAAUUCCAGAGAACUUCCCUAUAAAGCCGGUUCUUGGGAAGAUAUUAUUCAAGGGUAUUUUCUAGCUCGAGAAAUGUCUACCAGAGAGGUCACAGCUGCUCUCUGGAGAAGACUGCAAGGCAAGGUUGCAAUAAUUACAGGCGGGUCAAGAGGCAUUGGAGAGGCUACUGCUCGGCUAUUCACAAAUCAUGGAGCAAAAGUCAUAAUUGCAGACAUUGCAGAUGGCGCUGGUAUAAAGUUGGCGGAAUCCCUUUCUCCCUGGGCGACAUAUAUCCACUGUGACGUAAGCAAGGAGGAAGAUGUAAGCGCAACAUUGGAUUUGGCCAUGGAAAAGCACGGAAAACUGGACAUAAUGUUUAAUAACGCGGGAGUUGUCGGCACGCAGAAAGGGAGCGUGGCAGAGAUUGAUAUCCAGGAUUUCGAGCAAGUGAUGAACGUCAAUGUAAAAGGAGUAAUAAACGGUAUUAAGCACGCAGCCCGCGUUAUGAUCCCCAACAGAAAGGGCAGCAUUAUAUCUACAGCUAGUAUUGCAGGAAUAGCAGGAGGAUUUACUCCUUAUGCUUACACUGCAUCCAAGCAUGCGGUUAUUGGGCUGACAAAGAACGGUGCCGCAGAGUUGGGGAAAUGUGGAAUACGCGUGAAUUGUAUUUCUCCAGCAGCAAUCCCCACAGAUCUGGUAUUGAAUUAUGUGGGAGUGAACCCUUCACCAGAGGCAAAGACCAAGCUGGAGAUGGCGAUUGAGGUUGUAGCCCCCUUAAGGGAAGCCAAUCUUAGACCAGAGGAUAUUGCGGAGGCUGCUUUGUAUCUGGCCAGUGAGGAUUCCAAAUAUGUGAGCGGUCACAACAUGGUGGUGGAUGGGGGAAGAUCAGUCGUAUUAGAGGAAACUGCAGUGUUUGGAAAGUACUAAAGGUGGAAAGGUCCAAGUUUGUCAGUUCAUUGAUUCAUAACUUUUAAUGUUAAUUUGUACUAUUAAACUUUAAAAAAAAAAUCUAGAUGCAUUUGUAUAAUC